CUGCCUCCUACCUUUGCCGGCCUUGUUCCCCUCCCCGCUAGGAAACAGGCUGAUCCCGCCCUGUGCACCGGGGCCGCCCAGUGACCCACCUCCAUCCCCCCGUCUCCACCAUGAACCCCGGCCCCCAGCUCAUCUCCUUCACCCGGGCCCGGGAAGAGUCAGACCUCUGGAAGGAUGGGCAGCUCCAGAUACGGGCCGGGUGCCCUGUCCGACGCCGGGAAGGGGAUGCGGAUAUGGAAGGCGAGGAAGCCCGGAGCUUCUAUGAGAGCGUCCUGGCCUCCGGUGACCGCUCGAGUCCCCUACGAAAACGCAAGGCCCCACCGAGACGCCCGAGGGUGCCUGAGACACCCACCACCCAGACAGGGCAGACUGACUCUCGCCGUGGGAACCUGCUGCUGAGAUCGGCCCAGGAGGGUGACACAAGGACCCUGCGGCGGCUGCUGGAAAAGGAGGGGUGCGAUGUGAACUACAGGGACGGUUAUUACUGGACGGCGGUCAUGUGUGCCGCUUAUGCAGGCCGGGGGGAGGCCGUGAGAUACCUGCUGACCCGGGGAGCCGCAUGGGUGGGCGUGUGCGAGUCGCAGGGCCGGGAUGCGGUGGACCUAGCCGAGGAAGCCGGGCACCAGGAUGUAGUGAGGAUCCUCCAGGAGCGUGAAACGGCUCAGCCAGAGGGCAGGAUGGCCAGCAGGAGGACUCCAGCAGAGAGGAAAUACUGUGCCGUGUGCAAGAUGCAUUAUAGCGAGGACAGCGUAGAGCUCCACGAACGCUCCACGGCCCACCUCUUCAAUCGGCGCGACCCACUGCCUCCCACCCGCUACCACAUCCCCGAGAACAACGUCGGCUUCCAGCUCAUGGUCAAGGGGGGCUGGGACGCUGAGGCUGGGCUGGGGCCUGAGGGCACUGGUCGUAAAUUCCCUGUCCAGACUGUCCUCAAGAGGGACCAGAAGGGCCUGGGCUUCCGUAGCGACCUCCGGCCCAAGGUCACCCAUUUCAACGCUAAUGACCCCAGCGCUGUGGCUCAGCCCAGGGAGCAGCAGCCUAGGACACAACGGGCAGCUACAGUGGGGAAGAAAGAGGCCCGUCGCAGAGAGGCCAAAGCACAGGCCUGGGAGCGUAAUCUGCGCACCUACAUGAACCUUGACCUUUGAACUCUGGAUUAAGAGCCUCGAUGGUUAUUCAGCUACUGGGAUUGCUUGGAUGGUGCAUCUACAUUCACUUUGACCUUUAACCUUUCACACUCACUGAUUCCUAUCAAUGUUCAGCUGUUUGGAUUGCCAGGAUGGAAUGUCUACAUGAACUCUGACCUUUAACCCCCCGAGACAAUUAACAACCCUAAAAUCAUGCAGCCAGUUGGAUUAUCCAGGUGAGGUGCUUUUUGAGAAAUUCAACCUCUGGUAUUUCUGAUACCUGCGCUGUUAGCCAACAAACCUACAGCCCAGGAAAACUUUUUAGCCAAUCAGAUCCCUCAUGUCUACAUGAGUAUUGACCCUUAACCUAUGAUGUCAUCUUUGUGGAGUACCAUUAACUAAUAACGCACAGUCCUUGAAAGUAUCCAGACAGUUGAUUUCCUUGACAUGUUGGAUGCAAACCCUUGACAAAACAUUGACUAUGAACCAGAAGCAUCUCAAUGGGAUCUCUGUGCCGCACCAUUAACCACUCAGCCUACAGUUCUUCAAACCAUUCGGCCUAUUGGAAUUCUGGAUUGGCUGGUUGAUAUGACAUCAUUUUUCUUAAAGGGCCAGUAGCUAUCAGGGAAGAGACACAUCUCUGCAAUCCUCACGGUCUUAGAGUGCCAGAUCUGCUGACUAGGCCAACAUGCACAAGAUCUUGUUCCUAUAAUUUAAUGGGACGAUUCAGGGAUGGGAACGUGGCCUGGUUGCUGUUCUCUCUUCUGCUCAGAAAGCAGUGAGAUGUGUGAGCAGGAAAAGAUGCUGGCCGGGUUUUUUGGUGUCUGGGGAUUUUGACUGAUUUGGAGGGGAAACAAAUCUCAGUUUUUGUUUGGAUUCUAUUUGAUUUGGAAUCUUUAAGUGAGAAUAAAUAGUGGUCCCUCCCUG